ACUGCAUUUUCCUUCAACUUGUGCUUUGUCUUCCCAUAAAAAACACGCUCAAACGCACCAACACAAACGCCCUUAUCUGUAUAUAUAUACUUGUGCUCAUUGUCUCCUAAAAUUAUACUCAAAAUUUUGAACCCCGCCCUCUCUCUCUCUCUCACACACACACACUUACCCCAUGUAUAUGAGUCCGGCCGGAAUCCGAAUGGAAAAGACUAGUGCCUUAUUGAUAGCUGUCAUUGGCAUAAUUUUCUUGGAUAAUAGAUUGACAAGCUCUACUUCACUUAUGGGUACGAUGAUCAUCUCAUUUUGUACAUUCAUAAGUUGCAUCAUCACAUUCUCUACAUGGGUCCGCCACUCCCUCUUCAGCACAUGGAAGGGCCAGAACACCGGUGCUGUUGUUAUGGCCCACUUGGAACCUUGCCCAGAUCAGGUAAAUGAAAGGACCCUGCUGUUGAGAGGAGAAGUAGAAGUGGUGAUGGAAAAAUUAGGAAUUUUGUAUGACCCUAGUCGCGAUGAGAUUCGAGAGAAACUGGGCUCAGAUGACAUAGCAGAUUUGCUUGAUGAGAAGGAGCUGGGGUUGGAGGAAGCGAAAGAAGCAUUUGAUGUGUUUGAUGAAAACACUGAUGGGUUUAUUGAUGGGAAUGAGUUGGAGAAAGUGCUUUGCAAGUUGGGGUUUGAGGGAUUCUCAGGGAAAGAAUGUGAAAGGAUGAUAGGAGCAUUUGAUGAGAACAGAGAUGGAGUGAUUGAUUUCAGUGAGUUUGUCAAACUCUUGGAAAAGUGCUCUAGGUAAUUCAAUUUUCUGUACAUGCCAACUUGUUUUGACCAGCAUUAAGCUGUGUUAGUGUUUUCUAAUCGAGAUACGAAGUGCAUCGUUUUUCAUUUCAUGAACCG